AUGGACUCGACGAUAAAAACGAAUCAGCCUGGUGAGAAGAAUCCAGAUGAAUUGAUGAGUAAUCCAGCUCAACUAAACGUUGUUGAUUCCGAGUAUCGUAGGCCAACACGUUCAUAUCGGCGCUGGGAGAAGAAGCACAAGGCCCGCUGUAAGGCUCAGAGGGAGGAGAUUGCCCUAAGAGAAGAAGAGACCAUUCGUAAGGCUGAGGAGCUUUUUUGGCGUAAAGUUGAUGAAACAGAUGGUUUCGAUAUCGAGAUCGAGGGUGCUCCUUGUCGUUUUGGUGGUAUGAGUGUGCAUAAAGGUGGAGCAGAUUGUCCUCUUGUAGUGCAGCUUUAUGCCAAGGUGGGACUUCAUCGUUACAAUAUGCUACAGGGGACCAACUUGCAUCUUCACGAAAUAGAGAAAUACGUUCUAGUUUGUACCUUCAUGCCUGUGGCGUAUUACAUUACUUUGAUUGCUCAGGAUCCAGCUACCUCCUCCUUUGUUGUUUUCCAGACUCAGGUUGACCAAAGAGAUUUAGGCCAGAUGGAUUUCUCUUGUUUUAUCUCAAGACCUAAAGGUUUAAUUUACUAUCGAUUUUUGUACAAGGUAGGUAACACUUUGAUGAAUGACAUUGACAAUGUAGCUGCUUUAAUUUCACCAUCUUUGUUUGCUUCUCAGUUGCAGAAAUCAGAUUGGGAAGAACAUGACUGGAUUCACUUGUAUAUGGAAAUUGUAUUCUUUUAUCGAGAUCGGUGGCUGAAUCACAACAUGUCCGAUUUAAAGAUUUUGGACGUAGUGUUAGAGACUUCGGAAGAUCUGCCAUAUGAGACCGUACUCAAGAGUUUAAGGAAUGUCACUGUCUACAUAAGAUAUGAUCAAGACUUGGGAGCGGAUGGUGUUUGCAAACACAUUGCAAUUGUUCGAAGAACUGUCGAGCCAACCACUCACUGCGUUUGUCUCUUGGGCGACUCUCACCUCGUGCCCGACUCUGUGUAA